CCAAAAAUAUCCUAACACUAAUUAGUAAAGCAUAUAAUAUAUAUACAUAUAUACAUCUUAUGAAUUUCAAAGAACUUGCGAAAACGCCAUAAUCACUUCUUCUUUUUUUAAAUGUCAAUUUCACUACUUUCCAUCUCCCAAUCGUCCCUGCCAAGAACUUCCCACAAUCAUGGACAAAAUUUCACAGCAAACAAGCCCACUUGGAGGGUUAACUCAAGAUGGGGGCAGAGGUACUCUGUGAUUAGAUGUUGUAACGGAAAAGAAUGGAUGAGAGUGAAGAGAGAGAAGAAUUAUUAUGAAUUGCUUGGUGUUUCAGUGGAUUCUCAAUCCCAUGAAAUCAAACAAGCUUAUAGGAAUUUGCAAAAGAAGUAUCACCCAGAUAUUGCUGGCCAGAAGGGGCAUGAGUACACUCUGCUGCUGAAUAAAGCCUAUAAUGUUCUAAUGAGAGAGGAUCUAAGGUGCAAGUAUGAUGUUUCAAUUGGUGAAGUAGUGAGCGGUAGAAGAAACUUCAGCAGAAAUAUAUCUGGCUUGGAUCACUACAGUACUUGGAAUGGACCCUUAAGAUCCCAAGCUUUGUUUGUAGAUGAAAAUGCAUGCAUAGGGUGCAGAGACUGUGUUCACCAUGCAAGUAAGACCUUCAUGAUGGAUGAAUCUCUUGGAUGUGCUAGGGUUAAGGUACAAUUUGGGGAUGAUGACCAAAAGAUUGAGGUAUCCAUCGAUUCAUGCCCUGUUAAUUGCAUUCACUGGGUGGACAGUGACGAACUGCCGGUGCUUGAAUUCCUUGUUAAACCUCAGCCAAAAGAAGGUUAUGGUGUAUUUGGAGGAGGAUGGGAGAGACCCAAGAAUGUUUUUAUGGCAGCUAAAUCCUUUAACAAACAACUGGAACAGCAGACAACCAAUAAAUACCAGCAUCCAAACACUUCAUAUGAAGAAGAAACUCCUGCUCAAGCUGAAGCCCGUACUUAUGCAAGUAAGAAAAUAGAGGAGGAGAAGUUUUCAAGAUUAUGGAAUUGGACAAGAGAAGCAUUCAGGAUGAAUUCAGCGAAUGCAGAGUAAAUAUACAGCUUACUCUCUUUUGUAGAUCAAUAUAGCCUGCACUUGCCUGUUCCAGCACAGACAUCACAUUCAUCUGCAUCCCCAGCAACAUGGCUUAAGCAGUGUUUAAUCCUGUCAUCGACCACAUUCUGCAAACAAGCGCCAACUUUCAGAAUGAAAGCCCCAAGUUUGUUAUUAACUACUAAAUACAGCCUCACUGAUAAGUGAUAACUGUGUAAAAAUCUACAAUCCCAAGCAACAAUAGAUAGUUGAUCCUAUGUAUGCUGUUUUCAAGUAAGACUUGUUCUAUAUAUUUAGAUAAUAGAGAAUUCAUUUAAGUUGUACAUUAUCACAAAAAAUAAUAACACGCUUUUUUCUUUUUCA